AUGCUUGCUCUCGUCGCUUCUCCUCCGCUCAUUUCCGCCGCUUCUCUAUCUAAACCUCUCCGUUCUAUCUCUAAAGGCGCACUCCCUCUAUCCAGAGCCAAACCCAUUUGCCCUUUCCCUCAAACCUCUCGACCCAUCUCCGUCUACAAACCCCCGAUGAACAACCUCUUCAACAGGCUCGGCUUCGGGUCUCGACCCCAACAAGACCCUUCUUCCGCCGCAAUCGCCCAAGGACCCGACGAUGAUGUUCCGUCUCCAGGUCAGCAGUUCGCCCAAUUCGGCGCCGGUUGCUUCUGGGGAGUGGAGCUGGCUUACCAGAGGGUCCCUGGCGUUACCAAGACCGAGGUCGGGUAUAGCCAUGGGCUCAUCCACAAUCCCACUUACGAGGAUGUCUGUACGGGCACCACGGGACACAACGAGGUCGUUCGGGUUCAGUACGACCCGAAAGAAUGCAGCUUCGAGACUUUGCUCGAUGUCUUCUGGGAUCGCCAUGAUCCCACCACCCUGAAUCGCCAGGGGAAUGAUGUGGGAACGCAGUAUCGAUCAGGUAUAUACUACUACACAGAAGAGCAAGAGCGAUUAGCUCGUGAAGCGGUGGAGAAACAGCAGAAGAUCUUGAACAAGAAGAUUGUGACAGAGAUACUUCCUGCCAAGAAAUUCUACAGAGCAGAAAAUUACCACCAGCAAUACCUGGCAAAAGGCGGUCGUAUGGGUCUUAGACAAUCUGCUGAGAAAGGUUGCAAAGAUCCUAUCCGAUGCUAUGGCUAA